GUACGCUCACGUUAUGGCGUCUCAUCAAAUCAGGAUGGGCUCUUUCCACCGCCUCCUGUACUGGAAUUUAACGGUCGCCCGUUGCCAUCGCACUGCUAGAUUUCUCUGCUGAAAGACAUCAGAUGUAGGCGCGAUGAAGGACGAGAUAAACACGGCGCGGUCGCUCCGGAGUGCCGACGCGGAUCGUCAAAACGGGGCUGAGGCGGAGGACGGCCGGGCGGGCGGCGGAGCGACGCUGAACCCGGCGCUCCGUGAAGCGGGAUGUGACCGAGCCCCCGCACCGGUAGCGCGAGCGGGGACGGGAAUACGCGUUUUAAAGCGUAACAUGAAGCGGAACGGCAGUCGAGGCUGCGUGAACCGGAAGACGAGGUUUGGCUCUCGCGAGCGGGACUGGCUGAAGGGCGAUGCUCAGCGAGGCUGCGUGUGUCUCUACGGGGCCUCGGAGCCCCAGCCCCCAGCGUCGGGACCCCAGACCUCCUCCACAGCCCAGCCGGACCUGAAGCUGGUGCUCUGCUCCACCAACACCACUGUAGAGGAGCUGUGUGCUCAGAGAGAUGUACAGGGUCUCUACCUGCAGCUGCACGGAGAUCUAAUCAGGAGGUUGGACCCUUCUGAACGUCCUCUUCAGAUGGUCUAUGACUACCUGACGGCUAUGGGUUACGAUGACCCGCUCCGGGUCCAACAAGAAGCGGCCAACUCGGACCUCAGCUGCAUGAUUCGCUUCUACAGCGAGAAACCGGUGAACGCAGACCAGCAGGAACGGACUUUACUGAAGGGCGUGUUCAGCGUGAGGAAGGGAAAGACGCAGCUUCAUAAGUGGGCGGAGCGACAGGUCAUCUUGUGCGGCACCUCCCUUAUCGUGGCCUCGGUCAAGGACAGUUUGACCGGCAAGAUGCACAUCCUACCCCUGGUCGGAGGAAAGGUGGAGGAGGUAAAGAGGAGACAACACUGUCUGAUGUUCAGCUCGGCCGGACCUCAGGCUCAGACCUACUAUGUUAACUUUGACACGCUGGCAGACUACCAGCGCUGGCACCGGCAAGCUUCUAAAGUGGUGUCUCAGACAAUAAGCCUGGUAGAUUUAUCCUGCUAUAGUCUGGAGGAAGUGCCCGAGUAUCUUUUCUACUGCCAGGACGUCACGCAUCUCAACCUACGGCACAACUUCAUGAGACUGGAUGGCCCUGGAGGACUAGUCAACUUCAACAGAUUUGCACAAUUGAGGAGCUUAAAUCUUUCUCACAAUGGGUUGGGCACAUUCCCGGAGUCGGUGUGUGAGAUGCAGACUCUGACUGAACUCUAUCUGUCCUGCAACGGCAUCAGUUGUCUACCAGACCGCAUCGGCAACCUCCAGAGCUUACAGACUCUGUCACUGGAUGGAAAUCGCUUGGAUUCUCUACCAGAGGAGUUGGGCAGUCUCGUGCAGCUCAGCAGCUUGGGACUUUCCUUCAAUGACUUCCCUCAAAUACCCGGCGUGCUGGAGCGGCUCUGUGCGCUGGACAAGCUAUCCAUGGCUGGGAACAGGGUGGAGACUCUGGACCUGUCCGGCCUGCUGCGAAUGACUCACAUUAAGAGUAUUGAUUUACGGUUAAAUGGCCUCCGCUGUGUUAAAAGCGAAACCCUGGAGCCUGUGAAACAUCUCACCCAGUUAGACCUGAGAGAUAACCAGCUGACCUCUUUAGACCUGAGCUCGACCUGUAGUCUGGAGACCCUUUACUGUCAGCGAAACCAGCUGGGAUUCCUCACGCUCAGCGGCUUCACGCUCCGCACACUCCAUGCCAGUAACAACCGUCUGAGCACAGUGAACAUCUACCCUGUUCCCAACCAACUAACACACAUGGACCUAUCAAGGAAUGUCCUGGAAUACCUGCCAGACUGGGUGUGUGACAGCAGGAAGAUCGAGGUGUUGGAUGUCUCCCAUAAUCUUCUGUCUGAGCUGCCAGCCAGACUCCUGAGCAGCCUGAGUCUGCGUAAACUGCUGGCCGGCAACAAUAGGUUGGAGAGAUUGUCUGACCUGCUCGACCACAUCCCGCUGGAAACACUCGACCUGCAACACAACAAGUUGAAAGAGCUGCCAGAGAGCUUCUUCUACAAGGCCUUAAAUUUAAAGUAUCUGAAUGUGUCUGCCAAUGCACUGGAGACAAUCCCACCAAGCAGCCAAUCAGAAGAGAGCCUGAGCACCCUGCAGGAGCUCUAUCUCACAGGAAACAACCUGAAUGAAAACUGUGCCGCUCUACUGGUGGGCCACCAGAACCUGCGGGUCCUGCAUAUGGCUUAUAACCAGCUGUUGUCCUUCCCUGCCAGUAAACUCAGUAAACUGGAGGUGCUGGAGGAAUUGAAUCUGAGUGGGAAUAAGUUGAAAGCGAUUCCCUCCACUGUGUCCAGCUGCAAGAGACUACACACCCUCAUCGCCCACUCCAACCAUAUCAGUGUGUUCCCUGAGGUCCUUAACCUGCCUGAGAUCAAGCUAGUAGACGUGAGCUGUAAUGAGCAGACGGAAAUCCUGUUGCCGGACUCUCUGCCUUCCACACUACAGGAGCUGGACCUCACGGGCAACAGCAGUCUAAUACUUGAGCACAGAACACUUAACCUCUUCAGUCACAUAAGUACUUUGAAGCUGGACCAGAAACCAGCUGUGACGGCGGGAGACGUGCAGGGCACGUCCACCCUGUGGGAUCAUGGCUACGCUGAGAUGUGCGGUCAAAGGAACAAGUUAUGUGUGUCUGUGCUGGCCGUGGAUCGCUUUGGGGAUAGUACAGAGGCAGCUUAUGGGAUUUUCGAUGGUGACCGUAAUGAGGAAGUUUCCAGGCUACUGCAGUGCACCAUGGGAGAUGUGUUAGCAGAAGAGAUACGGCACUCCAGCGUGGACAGUGUAUACAUGUGCAACACUUUUCUUACGUCUCAUAGAAAACUUGGCAUGGCAGGUCAAAAACUAGGUGCAUCUGCUUUGCUCUGCUACAUCCAUCAUGAGUCAUCUGAACCCGGGGGCUACUUCAGCCUCACCGUGGCCAACGUGGGCACGUGCCAAGCUGUGCUUUGUAGAGAUGGGCAACCUCUCGCCCUCUCCAAGGUUUUCAGCCUAGAACAGUGUUCUGAGGAGAUGGAGCGUGUCAAACUGGCUAAAGCUAUCAUUACAGAGGACAACAAGGUGAGCGGCGUGACGUGCUGCUCACGGUUACUUGGCUGUUCCUACCUGUUUCCUUGGGUGCUUCCCAAACCCUGGGUGCACACGGAGCCUCUGUGUUCCCAAGACGAGUUCCUCAUCCUAGGAAACAAAGCUCUCUUCCAGAAGGUUUCCUACCAGGAGGCGGUAAGCACCGUGUUGGCCGUCAGAGACCCACGUGCCGCUGCCAAAAAGCUCUGCACGCUGGCACAGAGCUACGGCUGCCGGGACAAUGUCGGAGCCGUCGUGGUGGCAUUGCACAUCGGGGAAGACAGCUGUACGUGCGAGCCUCCCCUCUUGACUGUGGAAGCUCGAGGACCACCCGCUCCUACGCCUUUACCAAUCACAGUAUCCCCCGGAGACCCCGCCACCCUGUCGUCGAGCAGCGGCAUUGCGUCCGAGUUCAACAGCGAAAUGUCCGCCUCGGAAGUAGGCAGCGAGGCUGGGUCCACUGCAUCAGAUGAGCACCCGUCUUCAGGUCCGACUGCUCGCCCAGAACGCCGCUGCAGUUUGCACCCCGCCGCUACGUCAUGUAACGCAGUUCCGGUGACGAGUUUGGGACCUGGGGCCCAUCCGGCUCUCUUUCAGCGCCAACCAUCCAGCGCCACUUUCUCCAGCAAUCACUCCGACAACGGACUCGACAGCGACGACGAAGCUCCCUUGGAGGGCGUUAUCUCUAACGGGAGCAAGCUAGAAGUCGAGGUUGACAUUCACUGCUGUGCUUUUCAGCUGCGCUCCGGACCGUCGGAAAGACCCAAGGACCUUGAUGGCCGCCAUGACUUGCGGGGCUCUGACUUUCCCAAAAGCAAAGUGCGCCGCCAAAACAGCGUGGUGGUUUCCGCCACCAACGGAUGUCUGCUGGCUGUGUGUGGGAGGGAGAUUACAGACCUGAAGAAGUCUCCCUCCACCUCCAGCCUUUUUGGAAAAAAGCUAUCCAAUGGCUCCGUAGUGGCUCUGGAGGACAGCCACAAUAUCAUUGAAGUAGCACUCGAGGCUCCCAAAAAGAAAUCGGGGUAUUUUGCCGCCCCAGCUCAACAAGACCCAGAAGAUCAGUUGAUCGUACCGCCCAGUCUGGAACAAGAUGUAAGAGAACAGCUGAGAGGCCAUAGUCCGGUAGUUCCCGGGCCACCUCCUCCUUCAACACCGCCGUCGGCAAGACACCCUAACUGGGACCACCCCAGCACCGUCCUGCAACAGGAUGUCUAUGACACAGCUCUGUAGCGGGACGGCACCUCCACGUCAUAGUGCCACAUCGAAAAGGCAAGCUCUUGCUCUUCCUGCCAAGGAGAUAUUGUAGUUCUUAUUUAGCGUCGUCAUCGCGUGUGGGUCCCUGCAUGUGCAUUCUUGGGCGGAUCCGUGGUGGCGCAAGCCAUGUCCGGGUCAUAGAAAAGGAAGAUAGGUCACACGUUUCAAGACUGAUGAGAUCGUGAAGAUUGAGGUCUUGAAAUACAUGGGCUGUUCCUGACCAAAAACCUCCUCACGGAGUUAGAGGACCUUAUACGUCACCAUGCGUGAGCUCAUUUACACAUUUGCCCUUUAUAGCGACGGUCACAGGCUUAGGUCGACUUCGGUCGGUUUCGGUCAUCACAUUUGCCUUCUGGCGGUAAGAUGCUAUCAGCUAAACUGAGACCAAAAGAUGAGAAAAGUGCCUCUUGAAGAUUAAAAGAUGGGUUUUAGAGAGAGAGCAGUGUUCUCCGAAGGUCAAACAGAUCACUGUUAUGCAGGAAAGUUUUUGUUGUUGAAGAAGUCUAGAGCUUUCUCUCCUGAUCUUCUCACUGACUGUGUCUCCCAGACAAAGCCAUGGGUACAUGAGACAACAGGAACCCAACGUUCAGACCCUGCGAGAGAAAAGAUGGAGGUCAGAGAGAGAAACUCAUAGUGAGAAGACCAAAAAGACCUCACAAAACCUGAACUUGAGCUGUCUCGGGUUGUUUCGAGUACUUGAAGUUUUGAGUGUGCCAUGAAUAUGACAGAACUCCAUUGCAUCACGGCGUGAACAUGUCAUCGGGUCUCAAUAUAAGUUUUGCUGUAGGUGAUUGAGGUUGGGAUUAUUUUCAUCUCAUGGUGAAAAAAAAGUGUAUGAAGAUGUACAGGGCAUAUGAUGUUGUAUUGUGCUGCGUGUGUGGAAGGGUGUGCUUUAUUUUGCCAUGCAAGUGGUACAUUUAAGAAAAAAGUCUUGUUAACGUUUUUUAUUUUAAGAAGAGGAUCUAAAGAAUGGAAGAUAAAGAAGUAUUGGGUCAUUCGAGUUAGCCAUUGCCACAAUCAAAUCAUAAGGGAAUGUGUGCAGGAAAGCACCGUGCUCAUGAGGGGACACCUAGUGGUGGUUAUUUGAAACAACAGUCAUUUUUGUAAUGGGUUUCCCUCUGUAUAAAGCGGUCUAGCAGAUUGUGAAUAAUGACGUUUCAAUACUACAUUUCACCUUUUUCAUUUAAAACUAUGGAAUUAAAAACUGGACAGCUGUUUUUUGUUAGAUUUAAAAUGCUGCCACACGAAGUCCACUUUUCCAUUUGCCAAUGUAUGAUGUUCAGGCCAUCAGCACUUAUGUCAUAUCAUAAUUAAUUGUAUACACUCAUUAUGUGUGUAUCAUAUUUUUACAUGCAUACAGAGGCCGGAAACAGUUCCAUUGGACAUUAAAACGUUUAUGUACGCAAAACAAACAAUGAAUUAGCAUUGGCAUUAAUAAUGUUUUUAAUUCUUAUCGAAUCACAUUAGAAAUUAUAGGUAAAGAUUUAUUUUUGCAUUCAACUGUUUUCUUCACUGUCAUGUGCAUGCUAUUUGUGCCAAACGUGCAAACAGAUUAGUGUUUGUGUAGGAGAAAAGUAGCACCGUGAUAAAAAUUUGAAGCCCUGCAUUUACAGUAAUAUCUUUAUCUUAGAAGACUCUUGAAUUAAUAGUUAUUAAUAGUAUUAAUAGUACCGAUAUUACGUCUUGUGCAUUUUAAAAUCUUCGGAAAGACACGUUUGUCUGUUAUAUUACAAUUAGCUGCUGACCAGAAGCUGUAGUGCUUGUGCCAAAAGACAUGUAAAAGUGUCAUUUCAAAGGAGGUACAUUUUAUUUUAUGUUAGAUGAAUCUGGUACGACAUGUAGGUUGUUCUGCCUUUGCCUUAAAACUGGUCUGCAUAAUUCACUUUUGACUUUAAAAUUGAGUUGCAAUUCCAUACUUUUUCUUCAUUAUUAAGUCUAAGUGAAGCCUUUCAAAAGCAUUUUAUUAAAUUAAAUUUUAGGUUUCUCAUGAGAAUUAAAUUAAUAUGUUGGUACAAUUAUAUUAUACAGCCGUCAUCAAGCCACCUUACUAACAAUCCGAAGGCACCUUAGACCUGUUUAUUCCUAUGACAUCAUGUGCAUCACUUGAUGUUAUAAAAUAUUCGCAUCAUUUAAUAUGAUUAAUCAGUAUUAUCAAAUGAAAAUAAAUCAUAGAUCAUAAAUGAAAAUAAUGGGAAAACUAUUGGCAUAAUUAUGUGUGAGGACAACAAAACUAUGUUGUUGAACAGUGUCAUUGUGUGGUAGUAUUCAGUCUGUCAUCAUGUUGAUUUGUUUUAUUGCCAUAUUUGGACCACCAUUAUGUUUUAUUGCUUAAUCAAUUGACCAAAACAUGGUUAAACUAAAUGUUCUUGGAAAUACACAUUUUCUGUGUAUUUCAGUAUAUUCAGGAUAUAUUAAUAUAUUGAAGAUAUUAAUCCAUUGAGUUUACAUUCAUCCGUCAAAAGCAUCCUGCUAUGAUGGGACUUAUUAAUAUGCUUAAGGGGGAAUAAAAGUACAGUUACAUGGACACACUCUCAUUAGAUUUUAUUUUUGAUGGAAUAUAUCAUUAUUUAUUAUAUUAAAGAGGAUAUACUAUGGGUGAGGUCUGAAAUUGUUAGAUGGAGAAGUGGUUGCGCAACACUAUAGAGAAUCAGUUUAGCAGGUUAUAUUUUCCCUUUAAAAUGACCCUGCUCGGAAAGUUAAUACAAUAUAUAAUCGUACAUAUUUUCAGUGUUGUUAGUUAAUGGUGAUAUGUGUAAUUUUAUUUUAUUUUUUUAUUUGUUGAUUCCACAAAAAACUUUGCUGUGUUUGAGCUUAAUAGCAAUGUUGUCUCAACCCGUGAGUUUGGAAACUACACACUUCACUUCUGAUUUCAUCACACUCUCACCUUCUGAAGUUUCGAACCACUGUUCGUCUCACGGUAUAUACAAUGUAACCAGAAAUGUAUCUUUUCCCAUACCGUGUCAAUCUUGAUUUUUUUACUGUAUGUGACACUGAAAGCAUUUACCUACAAGUCUGAAAAUGUGUGCAGUGUGUGAGAGAAUGGUUGGUUUUGCAUGACGUGUGUGUUGUAGAGAUAAUAUUAGCUAGAAUGCAGAAACACUUUGUUUAAUCUGGUGUAUUAAUGGACAUUUGCACAUAUUCACGGUUCGUUUUGAAAAGACAUGGAUUCAGAUGAUGUUCCUGUUGUUUGACAUGUGACCAAAGCUUGAUCUUGUCAUUAUUUGUCUUUUUUUUUCAAGAGAUGCUUUAAUAUGUCCUCACGAUGCCAAGAAGCUGAGGUUUAUUUUUGUACUUCAUUGUUUCAUGCAAAUUUAUAGGUCCUCUAGGAUUAAAGGUUCUAUAGUAAACUGUCACCCAUCUAAGUACUGUCUUUAACGAUAUGUAUUUAAUGUGAGAAGCAUGCCCUCUAUAAAUGACUAUAUAUACAUAUAAAUACAUAUAAUAUAUAAAGAAUAUAUAAUGUGAUUAUUUGUACAAAAUGUACAUUUUCGUUUAUAUGAAAUUGUUUUAAUAUCUAAAGCACUGUAUAUUAUAUUUUUAAGUUUAUAUUUUAGCAUACAGUAAACUGCUGUUUAUUUUCAUUGCGGUAAAUUAUUUACUUGUAGGAGAUGGUUUGAAUUGUUUCACUGAUUUAGUUCAAGACUACAUGCGAGCCCUUUUGCUGUUU